AAGGAACUAAGAAAGAAAGGAAAAGUCGACUAAUGGCGACUUCAUAUUUUUCUGUGUUAGGUUCAGCAUUAAUGAUUUCUUUUUUUCUCGUUUCCCAUGUUGUUAUAUAAACUAUAUAUGUUAGAUUAUUUAAGAGGAUCAUGAAUUUGAGCAACUGGGUAUCUCUGGGAUUUCUUGUUAUUGCCGUCUUCUUCUUCUACACUACACCUACCAAUCUGAUCUACCUUCCUUCUCCACUGUGAUAAACAUGGCUGCUCAACAACAAGACUCUUCUUCUUCAUCAUCCAGCUCCAUCUAUGACUUCACUGUCAAGGACAUCAAAGGGACUGAUGUGAGCCUUGGUGAAUAUAAGGGGAAGGUUCUUCUCAUUGUCAAUGUUGCUUCCAAAUGUGGCUUGACACAAUCAAACUACAAGGAGUUGAAUGUGUUGUACCAAAAGUACAAAGACCAAGGUUAGUUGAUAGUUGGUCUUUCAGCUCUUACUCACUCCAGUUAUAUAGAUGGCAAAUGAGUCGAGUCGGGUCAAAUUGCAUGUCACACGCAGGUCAUUACGUGUUGCAGGUCGAACACUAUCGAUUCGCUGAACUUCGUGGGGUUAAGCAGGGUUUUGGGUCGGGUUAUAAUGAUGGUUCAUUGCGAUAUCAGUCGAGAUGAGUCAGAAUCGUAUCUAGUGUGAUGGCUAGUUGAAUCAUAAUUUUGCUUCACGAGUCACUUUGGUACCUAAGCUGGGGUUGAAUUAACACUCUGUCACCUCUCUGAAACUCCAAUGUGGCAGGGCUUGAGAUCUUGGCAUUCCCAUGCAACCAGUUUGGUGGACAAGAACCAGGGAGCAAUGAGCAGAUUCAGGAAACUGUAUGCACCAUUUUCAAAGCCGAGUUCCCCGUCUUUGAUAAGGUUGAUGUGAAUGGUAAGAACACAGCACCAUUGUACAAUUUCCUGAAAGCAGAGAAAGGAGGGUUCCUGGGAGACGGCAUCAAAUGGAACUUCACCAAGUUCUUGGUGAACAGACAAGGCAAAGUUGUGGAGCGAUAUGCCCCCACCACUUCACCUCUUAAGAUUGAGAAAGAUAUAACCAACUUGUUGACGAGCGAACCGAAAACAAAGAGAAACUGACGAGCAAAGUUAACAUUGAAUAAGUCCAUUUCGUCUGAAUUUAAUCGUAUUUGGUCCGAUUUUCUAUUCAUUGCAAUUUGGUUCUUCAGUACAUCAAAUAUUUUGGUCCCCUUGUUUCCUUGUGCUGCAAUUCGCGAGUCUGAAUCAUUGCUCACCCCAGUUAAGAGCCAGCAGCAAGGCAGAGGUUGUGUAAUAUCAAAUAUGAUUCCCCUAAACAUGAAUUGCCCUAAUAUAUCAAACAAUGUUCUCCUUUUUGCUGUCUUUUUCCUUCCUCUGGUGGCACUAGACUAAUCAGCC